UUUUUGAAGAUAUUUAUUGUUUUUUCUGUAAUUUUUGGAAAGAUUUAAUUUUAAAAAUUGUUUUGGGCCUUAUUUGGCUUUGGCAGACCUUAGAAGUCGCUUUAUAUUGGGACUCUUCCUUAAAUUCUGUACAGCCAAAUCAAUAUUCCCAUCAAAUUUAAUUAAAGCUACUCAAUUAUCUUAAGUGUCUAUUUAGAUAAAAAGAUUAAAGGUACUAUAAAACUGCAGCAACCUAAACAUGAUGUAUAGUAAACAGUACAAUGAACAUUCUUUUAAUUGUCAUCUUUUUGGUGACUCCAUCUUUUCUGGAGGGCAAAUCAUUGCGGGUGAUUGGAGGUCAUGAAGCAGUACCCCAUUCAAGGCCCUACGCCGUCACCGUAGUGUCUGGCGUUUUCUGUACUGGCAUGCUGAUCUCCCCCAACUACGUACUGACUGCAGGACAUUGUACCAGCGGUGCUAAGCAAUUGGUGAUCACCUUGGGGGCCCACAAUAUAUCCCAACCAGAGACUGAGGGACAAGUCAUAAUGGUGUCCGAGGAAUACAUUUUACACCCCAACUUCCAGCUAAAUGUCUUGGUCAACGAUAUUUCGUUGGUGCGUCUGCCCCAACCGGUUGAAUUCACGGACCACAUCCAACCGAUCAAGCUCCCCACAAUGGAAGACGACGACGUAGUCGGAAGGAAGGGCAUACUGGCCGGGUGGGGCGUCAUAGACCCGACCAGACCCGAAACCUACCACGAGAGCGACGUGCUGAUGGAAGUCGAGCUGGAAGUCUCCGACAGGGACAAGUGUGCCUACUUAUUCUCGAUGGUGAACGAAAGAAAUAUUUGCACGUCGGGAAUGGGACCAGUCGGUGCUUGCGCCGGCGACUCGGGCGGUGCCCUGGUUUCCGAUGGUGAAGUAAUCGGUAUAGUUUCGUACGGUGCCGCUAGGUGCAUCACCCAAUAUCCCACUGUGUUCACCAGAGUUAGCAGCUUCAAGAAUUGGAUCUACGAGAAUACCGACCUCGAGCCAUGAACGAAAGGAACAAAAUUAAAUAGUACAUAAAAUAUACGUCAUAUCUAGAAUAUUAAAUUAAUAAAAUCCUCUCUUCGAAU